AAAGGGUUGCCCGUUCUUGUCAACUAAAUUUGUUAGUGACAAUAGUACUCCCAGAAGCGGGAGAGCUUUUCAUCACCUUUGUAAGAUGGCCAACGGUGGCUUCAGUCGGUACAAAGGCGUUCCGACUUUAGACUUUUUUACAUGACGUCAGUGGCUGCAGGUAUUGGGUGUAUAGAUAUAUUUAUUUCACAGUGUAUUAUGUGUGAAGCUGCAUGUUUGAAUCCCAAAUUGCAAGCAGCCCAUCAAACUGGAAGCCAUUUUCAAAUGUCAAUACGACUUUUACAGAAACCAGCACAAUCAACUGUGGCAUGCAGGUCUUUUAGCGGAAAACAAUUGGUCAAUGUCUUAGACGCAACGAUUCAACGUGUCCUCGUUGACGCCCUUUAAAAGGAUAGGUCGUGUAAACACAUCAAGUUGGUCUUUUGGCUCGUGCGUAGUUAGGUGAGGCAUAGUCGUUCUUAACCUGUUUUUUGUUGCUGGUCUGCGAAGUUCUGACGUGAUCAAUGGCACUUGUUUAUAAAAUGGAAAAUUCUACCGUAGACAACUCAACGUCACUGGAGUUUUGCCUGCAGUCUUUACUAUGCUACUUCGAGCUUGCCAUAAUCGUAGGGGUAACCUGCCUCAUUUUAGUGGGGAACAUCGUAAAUUUGGUCGUUCUGCUGUCCACGAAGUCACUACGGGAUAACGCUCAUGGCUACAUUUUAAUUUCACUCAGUGUGGCGGACUUAGGUGUGGGCCUCGCUGCAGCCAUGUCCAUCUACCCGGCGGCCACUUUUGAUGGGACUCUGGGCGCUUGGCCGUACGGGGACCUGGCCUGUGCUGCGACGGGCCUUGUUGGUCACCUUUUCCUGACCAGAUCCGGUAAUUUUCUGACGAUUCUCAGUGUGGAGCGCUUCCUGGCCAUUGCCCAUCCGCUGAAAUACGCACGGUUCUGGACCAAGAGAGUCUCUCUGUUCACUAUCGGUAGCUCUUGGAUAAUGGAGUUGGCGAUGUUCGUUUUGCUCGCCAUCUUCUUCGGAUAUGAAUACGAUACGCAGUUACGCGCAUGCACCCCUUCUUUUUGGGACAAUUUCACACUCGUUCUGGUACUGACUUCCGUACUUAUCAUGCCUAGCGCCGUCGUCAUUUUGCUGACCUCCUUCGUGGUGAACCGGAAGCUAAAAGAGAGUGCCCGUUUGAGGGCCGAAAUGACACCCAGAUCAGCCCAACGCAGUAAAAACAUCUCGACCACCAUCAAAGCCUUCUGGAUGGUGCGGGUGAUGGCGGUGGGGGCGCUGAUGAGCUGGAUUCCCUAUUUCGUCGCAGGUUCGCUGGACCAGCUGUUUGAAAUCGAACUCCCAAGGCUUAUUUACUUCAUCACAUACUGGCUUCUACUCGCCAACAGCUUCUUCAACUCCAUCAUCUACUUCUUCAUGAACGACACCUUUCAUGAUAGACUCACUGUCUUGGCAAGGUCCGUCAUCCCCGAGUUUUGUAUGAAGCUCAACCGACGCGAGCAGCAGCAAAUAUGUGGGUGUUGUCUCAGAGUCGAAGGAACGGCUUCUCAAGAAGGUGGAUUGGAGACGAGGAACCAAACACAGCCAUACGCCAGUCAGCCUGUGUCAGGUCAUCGUGCAAGUGAAGGCUAAGAGAGGAGAAGUUUUAAUGUUGAAGUUGGCGGGGUG